CGUAAUGGCGGCUGAGCAUGCACACACACACCCGCGCACUUGCGGCUGACGUCCGCACUGUAAUCGGGGAAUGUAGCUCGGCGCUGAUUUUCCAGCGGGCCUUUCGGAAUAGCGUUUCGCUCGCGAGGAUCCGGCUCACGAGGAACCUGCCGAGACGAGCGGAGACGGCGAAGGCACAGAGAAAGAGAGAGAGAAAGAGGGAGAAAGAGGGAGUCGCGAUCCCGCUAUGUUUACCGCGUUUCGUCCCGUCGUAACACGGAUUCCCUACGGAACCUACGCUCCCCUAUCUGUCGCCAAUCCCGACCCGCGUCCACGUAAACAUCGCGUAGCUCAGAGCUGCCCUGCUCUCAGCGAGCUUUGAUCCCGCUCAUCGCAUCCCGUCGUCUGUGAUAGAGCCGCCCGCACGCCAGGAUGUUCAAAAAGUUGAAGGACAAACUCACGGAGGAAAUGAAGCAGUCGCCCGCCAGGCUGCAGGCGAGUGUGCAACAAUUGGCGCAGGCUGUCGUGUCGCCGGCCUUGUCCAACAGCUCUAUUCAGGAGGUGUCAGCAUCGAACGACAACUUCAGCCUGACGGAGGAUGGAGACGAAACGCCGAAGAACACCCCGGUGAGGCACAAAUUCCAGAAUAUCGAUCUGAUGUCGCCGUCCGCUAACGCGGAGGUUUCCAGGAGAUCUUCGGUCAGCAGCAUCACCAGCGACGCGUCUUCGUUAUUCCCCAUGUACGAGAGCCCUCCUAACCUGUAUCAGCUGCAGUCCGAUAUGGAUCAGUCUGCUAGCGAGGUGGACGAGACUAUCAGUCCGCACCUGGACCGAGUGACGAAGGACCAAUUGUAUUCGGCCUACCGCAAGGUGCAAGCGAAGUAUCACAAGUAUCGCGGCAGGUACACCGACCUGGCGGCGCAUUAUCGCGAGCUCGACCGGGUGAAGACCAGGCUGGAGUCCGUGUUGGUCGAGACGCAGGACAAGGUGCUGCGAAGGAUCACUGAUCUGAAGGAGCAGUGUCAGCUGGAGCAGCAGGCGAAGGCGCACCUGGAGGAGGCGCUGAGGAACGACAUAGAGGAGAAGGACCAUAUCAUAAACACGUUGAACACGAAGGUGAGGCUGCUGCAGACCAGCGGCUCGGCCCUGGAGAACUCGGUGCCGCGGGAGGCGGCCGAGCAGGACAGCUCGAAGGAGAACCUGAUCGACCUGACCAACGAAUCCAACGCUCCGUCGACCGACGGGGAGAGCAACGCUCUGUUGGCGGAGAACGCCCAGCUGAACGACAGGAUGAAGAAGCUGGAGAGCCUCGUGCUGAGAUACAAGGAGUCCCUGAAGCGCAACAAGGACAAGUUCACCGAGGUGAUGAAGGAGAAGAACACACUGGAGAGCGAGUACGAGGCGCUCCAGAGCGGCACCGCCGAGCGGAUAAGCGCGACGGAGGGCGAGCUGAGCGCGGCUCGCGCCGAGGUCGCAGAUCUGACCGAGCAGGUGAGCGUGCUGCAGAAACGCGAGGAGGAGUCGGCGAUCUCGCUGGCGGAGAACAAGCUGUCGGUGCACCGGGAGCUCGAGGAAAAGGAGGAGCAGAUCAAGCAGCUUCGGCUCGACCUGAAGCACAUGGCCAAGGAGAAGGAGGCCUCGAACGAGGCGGUGACGCGACUCAAGGCGGCGGCGAAGUCAAGGUCGCAGGUCGACUCGAGUCCCGUCGGGGCCGCGCACGACGCGCCCAAGGAGAAAACCGAGAGCUCCGUGAAGGCGUCCAUGCAGCGGGAAGAGGUCGAUCACGGUAAAGAGGCUCCGGCGAAGUCGCCGAGAAGCGAGGAUGCGGAGGAGGCAACACUGCGUGAGAGGGAAGCUGAGCUCGAAGAACUGCGUGGCAAGCUGGACGAGCUGGAGAAGCAGGUGGUCGAGCACAGGCACGACAAGGAGACGCUCCAGAUCGAGCUGUCGAACUACAAGUCGAGGUACUCGGAGUUGCGGAGCGAGCACGACGCCCAGAGGAUCGUCACGGAGGAGAGGCGGAAAGACGCGGAGGCGACGAUCGAGAAGCUGCAGGCGACCGUGCAGAGCGUCGACAAGGAGCUGGAGAACAUGCGGGGCGCGCUGAUCGACCGGGACCAGGUGUGCGAGAACUACAACAAGAAGGUGCAGCAGUACGCGACGAUGCUCGAGAAGGCGAAGCACCGGCUGGCCGAGCAGGAGACGCAGAUCAAGUCCUUGAAGAGCCAGCUGGACGAGCUCGUCGUGGCGCGGCAGGAACUCGAGGGCAAACGGUCGGAGCUGAACGCCGUGCGCGGCGAGCUCGAGCUCUGUCGGUCCACCGUCGACGACCUCGGCAACAAGGUCCAGGCGGACAGCUCGGCCAUCAACCUGCUGAAGAAGGAGCGCAGCGACCUGAUCAACCGGCUCGUCCACUACAGGGACUGCGUGCGCCGACUGAGGCAGGACUGCGCCGACGUCAAGGCCGCCGUGAGCGAGGAACUCUCAAGCCGGCGCGCCGAGAUGUCGGGUCUGAGCGCGGCUCUGACCGCCACCUUCGCCGCGAGUCUGACCAGGCUCGAGGAGGAGAGGGCGACGUCGAGUUGCCGGGCGCGGGACUCGGAGGAAGAGGCGCGACUGCGCUCGGAACUGGACAAGAUCACGGCUGUUAAGUCCUCCUUAGAGACGAUGCUGAAAGCGAGCAAGGGGGAAUCGAUGGCGCAGAGCGACGAGCUGUCCGACCAGCUCGGCGCCUUGGUCAACAAACUGAUAGCAGAGAUGGAUAACCUGCAGUUCAAGGUCUACGACCUGGAGAAGGUCUCUCAGACGGAGUCUCGAUUGGAAGUGGCGAAUUUGCGGGAGCGACUGGGGGGCCUGAAGCUCGAGCACCAGGCCUUGUCGAGCGAGAACGACCACCUGAGGCGGGAGCUCGCGCAGGUUAGUCGCACUGCCGACGAAGUGAACGAGUUGAGGCGGAAGCUGGACGGGGCUAACGAGCUCAUCGACUUGAUGAAGGCGCAGGAAAGCGAACGGGACGCGCUGCGCGCAGUAUUGCUCGCGAAGGAGCGCGAGAUCGAGACGCGCGACAGUCGCAUACAGACGAUCGAGCAGGAAGUGAGAAAUCGAGACAAGAGGAUCGAUAAGCAGAUGGCCGACUUGAUCUUCGCCCGCGAUAGUCACGUGGAGGCGAUCGAGGAGCACCGGAGGAAGUACCGGGAUCUGGAGGUGGAGUGCGUGGCGACGAGGGAGAGGCAGGCGGAGCAGACGGUCGAGCUGAAGGAGCUGCAGGGGACCCUCGGCGUGAAGAUCGCGCAGCUGAAGAAGCUGAAGGCUCUCAAGGACCAGCAAGGCAACACCAUCGAGGAGAUGAACGCCGAGCUGCAGCAGCUGAGGACCAAGCACGGCGAGCUGACCGACAGGUUGGCGGCCGCCUCAGGGCAGAUCGAGUCCCUCAAGUCGGAGAAUACGCAGCUGGCGACCAUCGCCUUGGAGAACAAGGACCUCAAGGACAAGCAUAACAAUCUGCUGAGCCAGAAUCGCAAGCUCUGCGAGAACGAGGAGGCGUUGAAGUCGAAGAUCAACGGCCAAGUGAGGGACCUUGAAGAGUCACGCAGAGAGCUGGAGGCGUGCAAGUCCCAGGCGAGCGGUCGAGCCGAGGAGGCGGGCCGUUUGAGCGACCAAUUGGCGGCGGUGAGCGCGGAGUCGAGUUCGCUGAGCGAGAAACUGCUGACGAGCGAGAGGAAGCUGCGGGAGACCGAGGAGAGGCUCGACGAGCGCAACGCCGAGCUGCGAGGCAAGCUUUCCGAGCUGGAGGCCGCCGUGAGGCGGGGUGACGUCGCGAGGGAAGAGAACGAGCGGCUGCUCGUGGAGCUCGAGUCGCUCAAGGUCGAAGUCGGCAGGGUCGAGCAGCUGGAGGCUGAGAACGCGCAGCUGCGCGCGCAACUGACCGACCUGACGGGAAAGAGCGUCGAGGUGGACGCUUUACGGGCGGAGAACGACAGACUGGUCGCCGAGACGGAAGAUCUGAAGAGCAGCAACACGGAGUUGCGGUCCACGGUGUCUAGCUUGGAGGCCUCGAGCGUGGAAAACGAGCGACUGCGGCUGGAGAUGGACGCCUUACGCUCGGCGAGCGACGACUCGUCGGCGAAGCUGAGCGUCUUGAGGGACUCGUUGUCGCAGAGAGAGGCGGAGGUGAAGUCCCUGGAGGUGGAGAGCGGCGAGGUGUCGCGGGAGGUCGAGGCUCUUAAGCAUCGUUGCAUCCAGGAGGUCGAGGAGAAGUCGCGGGUAGCGGACGCGUUGAGGGAGAAGGUCGCCGAGUUGCAGGCGAAGGUCGAGUCGCUCGAAGCGGUGCGGAAGGAGCUGGAGGAGAACAAGCAGGACCGUGAGGAGGGUGACAAGCUGCGCGAGGAGAACAAGAGACUGGAGGCGCAGCUCGACGAGGCGCUGAUCACAUUCCAGGCGAAGGAGACGCAGAUGCAGCUGGCGAGCGAUGAACUGAGGGAGCAGCUGGACCAGCUGAAGGAGCAGGCGAGGACCAACGAGGAGGAGCAGGGCAUGAGGCUGAAGCAGCUGGUCAAGGAGUUCCAGGCGCAGCUGCACGACAAGGAAGAGGAGCUGCAGGCUGCGUUGGAGAAACGUUUCGAUCGCCAACACAAUUACGCGUCUGACCUCGUGCAGCAGUACAAGGAGCAGCUGAAAGAUUUCCAGACGGAGCUUACGGAGAAAUCCGAGCAAAUCGAGAGCCUGGUGCUGGAGAAGAAGGACGCGGUGGCGGAGAAGAGCAAGGACAUCGAUCGCCUGGUGGAGACGAUCGCGCAGAUUAAGAAGGAGCACGCCAACGAGAUCCGCGAGGUGGAGAAGAAAUGGAAGGCCAUGGUGCAGCAGAGAAUCGACAAUCUGCAGGCGAAACACGAGGAGGAGUUGAACGAGCUGACGAAGGAGUGGCAGAACGAGAGGAAGCCUGAUGUACAAACCGAAGCAGCUGCCGAGGAACUGGAGAGCACGUCGUGCGUGGCGAUGGCCACGAUCCAGACGAACACCGGUUCGAUUCACACGAUGCAGCAGACCCUGACGUCGCAGCGCCGGGAGAUCGCGGAGCUCAGGAAGCUGGUGAAGCUGCGCCACGACACCCUGGAGGACUCCACGGAAAUCGAGUACCUGAGGAACAUUCUGUUCGAGUACAUGAUGGGACGGGAGACCAUGGUGCUCGCCCGGGUGAUCGCCGCCGUCGUCAAGUUCGACCAGGAGCAAACCUCGAAGAUCAUGAAGAAGGAGGAGGACAAACUGACCCUGUUCGGCUCACUAGGACUUACGUAAUCCGAGAGGAAGCGCAACUUGGUGGAGAUAAUCUGUAUAGAGGUGCACAAAGCCUGCAGUCACUCGUUAUCCUCGCUAUACAGAGAGGCGUGAGUGAGAAUUGUACAAAGUAUAGAAAGAGAGAGAGAGAGAGAGAGAGAGAGAGAGAGAGAGAGAGAGAGAGGGAGUGUG